AUGGCACCUCCCACCUCGACCUUCCACCUCGAUGUCGAGGCUAUUUCUGGAAUCUGCGGAUCCAUCUCCAUUGCUUGCUGGGUCGUCGUCUUCUCUCCCCAGAUUAUCCAAAACUUCCAGCGCGGAAAUGUGGAUGCCCUGUCCAUCCAAUUCAUCAUUGUCUGGCUGCUCGGUGAUGUCUUCAACAUUAUUGGAGCCGUGAUGCAGGGCGUUCUGCCUACAAUGAUCAUCCUUGCCAUCUACUAUACCCUCGCCGAUAUAGUCCUGCUUCUCCAGUGCUUUUACUAUCGCGGCUUCACCUGGAAAGACCCAGCCCCUACACCCAAGCCCGACAACACGUCGAACGAGCGAACGGCCCUCCUCGACGUACCACAAGAACGCAGAGGAUCCGAUUGGACUGGGCUGUCACCCGCUGUCCCUCAUUUCGGUGAACCACCUAAGGAGUCGCCGCCACCUCCAACGGUGGUUCAAACCCUUUUAUGGAACUCGUUGAUUGUGCUCAUGGUCUGCGCUGCCGGGGUGCUCGGCUGGUUUCUCGGCGAACGCGCUAAAGGCCCGCGUGAGCACAAGCCGGAAACGAGCAAUGACGAGCUCGAGUUCAACAAAGUCGGUCAGUUUUUUGGGUACCUCUGCGCCGUCGCCUACAUUGCGUCGAGGAUGCCCCAACUCAUUCUCAACUACCGCCGUAAAACGACCGAGGGCUUGAGCAUGCUAUUCUUUCUUUUCGCCUGCCUCGGCAACAUCACAUAUGUGCUCUCCAUCUUUGCUUAUGAGCCCAACUGCGGCGAGAAACGCUGCAAGAACGGCGAGGCUGGCCGGAUCUAUGCCAGGUACAUCCUCGUCAAUCUCAGCUGGCUAGCUGGUGCUCUCGUAACGCUCUUCAUGGACUUUGGCGUCUUUGCUCAGUACUUCAUUUAUAAGACGAAUGACGACGAGCAAUUCACGUCAGAAGAUGAAGAGGAGAGUGCUACGGAUAGCGUCCAGAUCAAUGGCCGCGCGAAUGGCCACAACGACCGGCCUCAGGCCGAAAGCUGGGACCAGAGACCGUUACUACAGCGGCACGACUCGAACCAUCGCUAA